UGUUCCCCUACCAGCUGACGUCCCGAAACUCCCCGGACCGUCCCAGGCUGGUGCUCCCCGACCCACCCCAGGCUGGUGCUUCCCGAUCCAGACCGUCCCAGGCUGGUGACCGUGUGGGAUUGGCUCUCUGUAACAUGCUGUAGACCAACAUUCAGUGUAACUGCCUCCAGUUAAAGGGGAACCAGGGAUUUAGGGUGGGGGUGUAAAUGCACGGGCAUCACAGCGCCCAGUAUGAAGAAGACGACGCGGCCGGCGGCAAAUAAGGCGAGCUGCGAGCGGGGGAAGGCUGAGCCGGCGCCCGGCGGGGGCGCCAAUAAAGCAGGCGUGAAGACAGGCACGUCGGCGCCCCUUUCCAAGGUUAAAAGCAAUGAUGAUCUGUUAGCAGCCAUGACCGGAGGCAGUGCUGCACCCAGCAGCAAGGCCAAGAGGACCGCCUCCACCGGGACCAGCGGCACCGACAGCAAGCCCAAGACCAGCUCAGGGGCCUCGGCCAAGCGUGCGGCGUCCUCCACGUCCAAGGAGCCGAGCUCGACCAGGGACCGCCUGCGCCCCUCCAGGGCCUCGGCCAACAAGAAGCAGGCGGUGGUGCCGGGGGAUGCGGCCCAGGCCAAGCGCUCCCGCAGCCAGGCCCUGGUAGAGUCCGAGGGCCGCAUGUGCAAGUCCAAGUCGGACGGUCAGCUCAGCGACAAGGUGGCGCUGGAGAACAAGGUGAAGGACCUGCUGGGUCUGGCCAAGAGCAAAGACGUGGAGAUCGUGCAUCUGCGCGGUGAGCUGAGAGACAUGAGGGUACAGCUGGGCCUGGGGGGGCCGGAGGAGCAGGACGAGGAGGAGGACGAGGAGGAGGACGAGGUGGCUCCCCCGGAGGCGGCCGGAGAGGGGGAGAAGCCCCCGGUGUCGGCCAUCACGGCGGCGGACGUGGAGUCCACCCUCCUCCUGCUGCAGGAGCAGAACCAGGCCAUCCGGGUGGAGCUCAACCUGCUGAAGAGCGAGAACCGCAUGCUGAAAGACCGGCUGAACGCACUGGGCUUCUCCCUGGAGCAGCGGCUGGAGGUCACCGAGAAGCUGUUCGGCUACCCCACGCAGAGCCCGGACCCCGCGGCCGGCAGCGGGCAGAGCGACGGCCCCCUGACCUCCUCGGUGGAGGGCUCGGCGCCGGGGUCCCUGGAGGACCUGCUGACGGGCAGGCGGCACGGCGGCUCGGCCGACAACCUGGACAGCGAGUCCAGCGAGGUCUACCAGGCGGUCACGUCCAGCGACGACGCCCUGGACGCGCCCUCCGGCGCCUCGUCAUCCUCCGAGUCGGAGAGCGCCGCCAGCCGCGGGCGCUCCCGGCGGGGGGGCGGCGGCUCGGGCGGCGGUGGCGUCAGCGGCAGCUCCGCCAGCGAGGUGUCGGUGGCCCGCCUGACGGAGCGCAUCCACCAGAUGGAGGAGAACCAGCACAGCACGGCGGAGGAGCUGCAGGCCACGCUGCAGGAGCUGUCGGACCUGCAGCAGAUCACCCAGGAGCUCAAUGGGGAGAACGAGCGCCUGGGCGAGGAGAAGCUCAUCCUGAUGGACUCCCUGUGCCAGCAGAGCGACAAGCUGGAGCAGUACGGCCGGCAGCUGGAGUACCUGCGCUCGCUGCUGGAGCAGCACCACCUGGCCUACACGCUGGAGGAGGAUGUCAAGAGCGGCCGCUACAUGGAGCUGGAGCAGCGCUACGUGGACCUGGCCGACAACGCCCGCUUCGAGCGGGAGCAGCUGCUGGGCGUGCAGCAGCACCUCUCCAACACGCUGAAGAUGGCGGAGCAGGACAACGCCGAGGCCCAGGAGAUGAUCGGCGCCCUGAAGGAGCGGAACCACCAGAUGGAGCGCGUGAUGGAGUCGGAGCGGCAGGGCCGGGCAGCCCUGGGCGCGGCCCUGGAGGAGUACCAGGCGGCGGUGGGCAGCGACCAGGCCGAGCUGCAGCGCUGCCGGGCCCAGCUGGAGCAGGAGAGGCAGAAGGUGGCGGAGAUGUACUCGGUCCACACGGCGGGCGACAAGAACGACAUCCGCCUGCUGCUGGAGGCCGUGCGGCUGGACAAGGAGGAGGCGGAGGCCAAGGCCGCCAAGAUGCAGGCGGAGCUGGGACACGCCCACGAUGACCUCAGCAGAAUGCAGGACGCGCUCGGCAAGCUGGACCAGGAGUACCAGGGGUUCCAGCAGCAGGUGCAGCGGCAGAUGGAGGAGACGGAGCGGGUCGUCGAGCAGCAGCGGGCCGAGCUGACGGAGAAGGAGGCGGCCGUGGCCGACAUGAAGGAGACCAUCUUUGAGCUGGAGGACGAGGUGGAGCAGCACCGCGCCGUCAAGCUCCACGACAACCUCAUCGUCAGCGACCUGGAGAACUCUGUGAAGAAGCUUCAGGACCAGAAGCACGACAUGGAGAGGGAGAUAAAGAUCCUCCAUCGCAGAUUAAGGGAGGAGUCCAUGGAAUGGCGUCAGUUCCAGGCGGACCUGCAGACUGCCGUGGUCAUCGCUAACGACAUCAAGUCGGAGGCGCAGGAAGAGAUGGGGGACCUGCGGCGGCGGCUGCAGGAGUCCCAGGAGAAGAACGAGAAGCUGGGCAAGGAGCUGGACGAGGUCAAGAGCCGCAAGCAGGACGAGGAGCGGGGCCGGGUGUACAACUACAUGAACGCGGUGGAACGAGACCUGGCCGCGCUGCGUCAGGGCAUGGGUCUGAGCCGCCGCUCCUCCACCUCCUCGGAGCCCUCGCCCACCGUCAAGACCCUCAUCAAGAGCUUCGACAGCGCCUCGCAGAGCGGCCCGCCAUGCGAAUACCUAGAUCCAUGCGGCGGUGACGAGGGCCCCGCCCCCUCUGGUUCUGCUGCAGGUCCCGCCUCCAACGCCGCCGCCCUUCUUCCAACGGCGCCCGUCCCCCCCGCCCAGCUCCCACGCACCCCUCUGAGCCCCAGCCCCAUGAAGACCCCCCCCGCCGCCGCCGUCUCGCCCAUUCAGAGACACUCCAUCUCUGGGUCCAUGUCUUCGUCCAAGCCGCUCUCCUCGCUGAGUGACAAGAGGCCCAGCUACACGGACAUCAACAUGCCAGCCUGUGUUGUGUCCCCAGCGGACCACCUCCUCAGGGGAUCGUCCUCCGGCCGGACCACGGCCGUCCUCCAGAGGGUCUCCACCAUGGACCCCUCCAAGGCCAUCUCGGGUUCCCGUAGGAGCAGCGAGGAGAUGAAGCGGGACAAGUCGGCCCCAGACGGCGCGGCCCCCACCUCCCUGCUGGCUCUUGGCUCCGCCUCCUCCAUGUCGUCCUCCUCCUCCUCCCCCACCGCCUCCGUCACCCCCACCACGCGUGGGCGCCUCAGGGAGGAGAGGAAGGAUCCCCUGUCAGCUCUGGCCAGAGAGUACGGCGGCUCCAAACGAAAUGCUCUCCUGAAGUGGUGCCAGAAGAAGACUGAGGGCUACCAGAACAUCGACAUCACCAACUUCAGCAGCAGCUGGAACGACGGGCUGGCAUUCUGCGCCAUGCUGCACACCUACCUGCCCGCCCACAUCCCCUACCAGGAGCUCAGCAGCCCGGAGAAGAGGAGGAACUUCACUCUAGCCUUCCAGGCGGCUGAAAGUGUGGGAAUCAAAUGCACUCUGGACCUCAACGAGAUGGUGCGCUCGGAGAGGCCUGACUGGCAGAGCAUCAUGACCUACGUGACGGCUAUCUACAAGUACUUUGAGACCUGAGCUCCCCUCAGCACUGAGUCGUCCACCGACCCUACAGCCCCCUGCACUACACCACCCUGUCCCCGCUGCCCGGGCUGGGGGGGGGGGGGGGGGUAUAUUCGGUUAGCUUCAACUGCUUACGCUACCAGGGCAGAGGGGCUCCACUAGGAACAGGAACAGAGACCUGAGGGGGUCCCCAGGCCACACACACUCUGACGGCGCCGUGGUCGCUGGCCCUGCUCUGUGGGAACAUCCGCUACACGUCUACACCAUCGUCUCUGGGGAACCCAAGUAUUAUGAUUACUAUUAUUCCUAUUGUUUAGUCAAGCCUUGCAGAACGUCUCUGCUUUCAGGACGUGUCCCUUAGGAGACAAACUAGACUAAAGUGUCUUCAACACGGCGACGUGUCCCCAGCACAGCCUUCCUCUUCACCUUCCUCCUCCUGCGCUAGAUGCCUCCACAGACCGAUCUUUAAAGAGGAAUACCUUUCCAUUGGAUCUUGGAGACAUUACUUGACACACUUCCAAGAGUUUGAAUACCUCUUGAAUGUUUUGGGGAAACUGCAGGAGGACUCGGGGAUGACCCAGAUGGAUAUCAAUAUCUACAGCCUUUUUUUUUUUUGCCUUCAGUCUUCCUGUGUGGUCACAGAGGCUCCAGUCCAGUUGAUCAAGUGCCUGAGUCAACACGUUGCAGGAUGCAGGGAGGGAGGCGCUCUACGGAGCCAGUCCUUAAUGAGACCUUCAGCUAGGAGCCAGGAUUCUGUGCCUUGCCAAAUACGUACCAGGUUGUCUGAAUGAUUUGAGGAUGGCUUGAUGAUCAACAGCCGGGACUACUACAGGCCCAUCAUUUGAUGUUGUUUUUGGGGCAUUCUGAAGAGGUCAAUCAGUGAUAGGACGGACCUCUGAGCUCCACCACAGAGCUAGAGUUCACUUCAGCCAUCGUUCUGCUCGGCACAUAGGGCCAGUACCACACAGGACAGGACCCCCCCCAGGACCAGACCCCCCCACACACAGGACCAGACCCCCCCCCAGGACCAGACCCCCCC